UGCGGACCCCAGAAUGGAAUUCUCAACAUCCUUGCCUUUUGGUUCUCAAUAAAGGUCCAAUUAGGGGAUGAGCUAGGCUCUGGGGGAUGAUCACGAAAAUUCUAGAUGUCAGCGUUUCACAGCCUAUAAAGGGGAUGGUUCAUGUCGUGCACCUCUGUCAACGAGAGACCACCUUCAACCCUUCUGCCUCUCUCAGGUCGCUAAGGAUCCUCGCUUUAGUUCUGGCUCCUUGCGCCGCCUGGCGGCUGUUUCCAGAAAUCCCCUCAAGUUUCGGGGUCCUAGCCGCGGCCAGGUCUGUCCAAGGAUUUGCCUAAUUCUAGAGAACUUGUCUUCUCACCUCCCUACUACCCGUUGAGGAUUUUAAAGACUGCAUGAAAGGGCCGAGGUUAAGACGAAGGGGGCGUCCGGCGGCCUCUCCACCUCCUCAAGGAUGACGGAGUCAGGCGGGCCUCGGGCAGAUCGCGACCCGGAAGUCGCCGCCGGCGCGAGGCCCCCGUUGCCGAGAGCUGGCGCGCGGGGCGGAGCUUGGCGGAGACGGGGAAGGGGUCGCCGCGACUGCCGCGGCUCCCGCUCCUCGAGUUGACGGCUCCCUCGGGGGCUGCUAGGCGGGCGUCGAGUCCGCAGGGCGCGCGGCCGCGGUCGCUGGUUGAGACGCUCAGCCGCGGCCAGAGGCGACAUGAGUGCCGCGGGACUGUUGGCUCCGGCUCCGGCCCCGGCCGGAGCACCGCCGGCCCCGGAGUACUAUCCCGAGGAGGACGAAGAGCUGGAGAGCGCCGAGGACGACGAGCGCAGCUGCCGGGGCCGCGAGUCCGAUGAAGACACCGAAGAUGCUAGUGAAACUGACCUGGCAAAGCAUGAUGAAGAGGACUAUGUAGAAAUGAAGGAACAGAUGUAUCAGGAUAAACUAGCUUCUCUCAAGAGACAGUUGCAACAACUGCAGGAAGGUACAUUACAGGAAUAUCAGAAGAGGAUGAAAAAACUAGAUCAGCAGUACAAAGAGAGGAUCCGAAAUGCAGAACUCUUCCUCCAGCUGGAAACUGAACAGGUGGAGAGAAACUACAUUAAAGAAAAGAAGGCAGCAGUGAAAGAAUUUGAAGACAAGAAGGUGGAGCUGAAAGAGAACCUGAUUGCUGAGCUAGAGGAGAAGAAGAAAAUGAUCGAAAAUGAAAAGCUGACGAUGGAGCUGACGGGAGAUUCUAUGGAAGUGAAACCCAUCAUGACCAGAAAGUUGCGGAGGCGACCAAAUGAUCCUGUCCCCAUCCCAGACAAGAGGAGAAAACCCGCUCCUGCCCAGCUAAACUAUUUGUUAACAGACGAACAGAUCAUGGAGGAUCUGAGAACGUUAAAUAAGCUUAAGUCACCCAAGAGACCAGCAUCCCCGUCCUCUCCUGAACACUUGCCUGCCACACCGGCAGAGUCUCCAGCCCAGAGGUUUGAAGCUCGGAUAGAAGACGGGAAACUGUACUAUGAUAAAAGAUGGUACCACAAGAGCCAGGCCAUCUAUCUGGAGUCAAAGGACAACCAGAAGCUGAGCUGUGUGAUCAGCUCUGUUGGAGCCAAUGAGAUCUGGGUGAGGAAGACAAGUGACAGCACCAAGAUGAGGAUCUACUUGGGCCAGCUUCAGCGCGGGCUCUUUGUGAUCCGCCGGAGGUCAGCGGCUUGACUUUCUACAGUGUUCUUCCCUUGACCUUUUUUCUGGAGUGGUUUUUGGUUUUGUUUUCUUCCCAAUAGAAAGUUUUUAACCCGGGAAUUGCUCCUUGGCCUUGGAAACUGGGGAGCGCUGUUGUGGAUUCUGCGAGGCGCUGUGGUGGCAGCCACUUCGGUCUUUGCGUUGCUCCUUCCUGCCUCGACCUCUUCCGACCAGCCGUCAUCAUGAACUCUUGAUUUGGGGAGUGUUGCGAGUUCGAUUUACUCAUUUCUUUUUUUUUUUUUUGCUUAUACUUUGUCUUUUUUUUUUUUUUUUAAAGCCUCCUUUGAGUUUGAAGGGACAUUUUUUUUUUUUUUUAAUUGUCUGUAGGUCUUUCUACCAGGAAGGGAUACACUCUACAUUGCAUUUUCAUGUUUUGAAUCUGAUUAGUGGAUCACGUAGCUCUUUCCCUUGUCGAGCCCAAUUCACUGUUUCCCCAGAAGCUUGGGGCAGAGGUCCUAGCAGAAGGAGAUUAAUUCUCCUGGCUCUCAGCCUUCUCUGAGAAAUAAAUGCCUUGUGUAACAUCUGGCAUAUGCCAUCCAUUCCACUGGCUGAGCGACAGAAAAAUUUGCCUGGGUGGCUACGUGCACUGAAGUAAAUGGGGUUGGGGGGAGGGGACAUCUCAUGCUCCGAAAUGUGCUGAAGGUACCGCAUUUUAAAUGUUAUUUAAUGCAAGUGGUUUAUUUAGACGCAUUUGUUCUAGCUCAAGCUGGAACAAGGGGUCAUUUCAGAAGUUUUUGUUUCUAAUUCAUUUCUGUUCCCUGCCCCUAAGGAAAUGAAGUGGUACCUGGCUCAGGCCAAUUAUCUGGGUUAUCUGUUGUGGGUGGGGAGGGGAGACUGACCGGGCAGUCAUCAGUGAUCUGUAGACUCUCACUUAAAACUCCACUUGCGCACUCUUGUCGCUGAGGCUGUUACUGCACACGGACUGUUUCUCGAGCCCGUGGAGCUUUGUCGUCACCCCAGCCUCCCAGGAGGUCUGGCCCACGCUGAAGACAAAGGAGCUCUGCCGUGGCUGCCACUCACCGAAGGAAUCCUGGGGAAAUGGCCUUCCCUGCACUCCCUGCCGCCUGCCCCUCAUUUCCAGCCUUGGAGAGGGGAUUUGUGGUUUCUAAGCUGCCACCGUAGGAUAUGUAAAGAAUUUGGGGUUGCAACAACUGUUAGCCUCUCUGUGGGAAAUCAGUACACCUUAUGCAUCUUAGGAAAUCUUUGUACGUCAUGCCCUCGGUCUCGGGUGGUUCUCUUCGUGUCGUCUCUUGAUGCAUAUACCCCAAAGCAAGUUGGGGGCCGUGAUAACAAGUGAAUCACCUUGUAAGUCCUGGCUUCAACAAAGACCAAACCUUACUGACUUAGAGUCAAGACUUGUACAGAUUUUUGUUUUAAUUUAUAACCCAUUUUUUUCUCUCUCCACCCCCCCACCCCGCCCCAGGUGUUGGAGUCUCCUUUAGAUAAGAGGGUAAAUGAUGCUUGUUUUAUUUAGCGUUGCCUGGGUGGGUGUUCUGUGCUGCUUCUCUGCCCGCAGCCCCCACCAUCAUGAUUCCUGGGGUGAACCAAGUCCACAGUAAACAGGGCCUUCCUCUCUUGUUUCUUCUUGGCAGCUUUUGCUCUACGAGAGGGCCUUUCUUGCUGUAAUUGUCCCCGUGGUGGUGUGUGUGACGUCCCAUAAUAGCAGUCUGUUCUCCGUUAGUGCCCUGUGAUGGAAAUUUAGUUAUAGUGUAUGUGGUCAUCAGAGUGGGUUUUUUUGAAUGAUUGUCUUACUUGGCGUCCUAGCAGUACACCAAAGUUUGUUGUUGUGUUUUUUUUUUUUUUUUUUUUGGAAAGCCUUGUGUUGAUAACUACUGGGGAUUUCAGCAUCAACGCAACAAGUUGCCUUUUUUUUUUUUCCUUGCCUUCUCUGGUGGCACCUUUGUGCUUUUGUGAAGUAACUGUUCAUCUGAAGACCAGAGAAUCGGCACUUUGGCUUCUUCUCUUCUGUAAAUUUUAGGGUGAUGAGGCCGUGCUCUGGCCUUGACCACAUCACUGCCUUCUCCUCAGUACCCUUACAAUCCGUAAUCAUGACUGUGGGAAUGGGGGCAGGUGGGGAAUAGACUUGAGACACAGCACAGAAAAUUGUACUCCUAAUCCCAGAAGACUGAGUUUUUUAUUUUAUCACCCCAGAGAUGAAAAGCCAGCAGUUCAACCCCUCUAGCAGGCCCCUGUGGUGACCAGGGGUAGCAGAGCCCCCUUGUUAGGAGUCAGAGGUGCUUUUGUGGUGGACAAAACAGAUUUUGAUAUUCCUGGACUAACAAGGGGCUGGCUUUUAGCCCAGGUAGCCAUUCUCAUUCCAAAAGGUCUUUCUCUCUCACCAGACCAUAGAGUACCACGUGCAUUCCCAAAUUCAGACUGUUUCUUGCAGAUAAUACUUUGAAAAAGGUUGGCCUAGACAACUCUUAGGAAGAACCUGUACAUGUGUUAAUCUGAUCAAGAACUUGCACUUGGGUUAUUCUGAUCAAGAACCUGUAUGUGUUUUUGUUUGAGGCACCUGCCUCAGUCUUCACAGUGUUUGCUAUGGAUGUGUCCCAAUAUUUAUUUUACCUCCGCUUGGGGGCUUUAUGUUGCCUUCCCUACCCUCUGACUCCCUCUCCCAAAGCCAGUGUCCUCUUGAACAAUUUCCAGAUUUCUGUAGCCAUACCAAAGCCAGGAUGUUUUCAUUCGUUUGGAUACCAGUAUUUAUGGAUCUCUAACUACCUAACUUAAUUUUUUUUGUUAAACUCCGAACUGGGGCCAGUAUAAGAUCCCAGAAGCUGAUCUGCAAAUCAAGCUACUUGUAUUUGUGUGUGAGACCCUGUGUUCAGGAUUGGGUGACUUUUCUAAGAGAAAUAUUGGGGGUGGGGUGGGGUUGGUUGUGUUUUGUUUUUUUUUUUUAACCUAACUUGGGGGUGGGGGGAAUCCUAUUUUUACAGUAUUUUUGUUUUUCUAUUAACAUUUCCUUUUAGCCUUGAAUUUUUACUAAAUUUCCUCCUGACUUAAAAAUCUUGUUCCUAAUCUGGGAAUUUGAAAUCUUGGUACUUAAUGUUACACCAAUUUUUCCAAAGAGUUCAAACCAAUUAAAUACCAGUACAUGGUAAAAAUUUGCAGCCCUUUCAAGCAGCUGGUGGGCUUUUUAUAUAUCAUCAUUAACUGGUAUCAUUAAAUGUUCUGAGAGGUGAAUGUAAAAUGUAACAAGUAUAGGUUUUUUUUUUAAUAACAAUAAACUUUCAAAGA